ACCUACGGGCCUUUAUAAGCGCGUUCGUAAACGAGGCUGUUUGCACGCGGAGCGUAUCAUUUAUCCGCGAUACGUUUAUGAGAAUAUCAAGAGUUUCGUUGAUCAGAGGAUUCGGUGCUUUUUAAGUACGCCGACGUCGCCGGUUCGCCAGCCGGUUGCUCGCCGGUCGUCGUCGAAAGAGUGGGGGGAUGGGGAAUACUGCAGACACUAGUAUACGCCGGGUAUACGCGUGUAUAUUCGAGAAAUGCCGUCGCAUCGCCGUGAUUCAAGAUUUCGUGUGACGACCCUGAACGGCAACAGGCAGCAGGUAGUGACGAGGCAUUCGCACUCAGUUUCGCAGUUCUGCUUGCACUCAACUCUCGGCCGUCGUUGCGUUAAGUCGUGUCCGCAGCAACAGCAGCAGCCGUCGCCUCGUGAUCGUCCACGCGGAUCAGUACCGCCACCAGAUCCUGCGUCCGUAGUGCUCGCAGACUCGGGCUAACCUCGCAAGUGCAACUCUCGAAGGCGGCGAGUCGCGGCACAGUCGCUAUGACAAAAGGUGGCAUCACUGGGGAUGCGUUGGAAGCACGGACGAUGCAGCGCUCAUUGAUAUGACGCCAUUUUACUAACCUUUUCGUCGCGUACCGCGACUACAGCCACUGCAGAAGGCGCCUGAAAAACGUUUCGCACUACGUAUCGCACUCCACGCGAUCACAAUCGUAUCGUCGCGCACGCGACAUACGAGAUUGCCGCACGCACUGCGAGAGGUAAAUUGCUGCAGCAGUUUGCACUAUUAUGGAAGAUGAGGAUGGAGAGAGCAAAAUAAUAGAUAUGUGGAACAUUUUGGAGGAGCAGCAACUCAAAGAUUCCACAUUGAGCAAUGCAUUGAGACAUUCCAUUGACGACGUGUACACAAAUGUGAUUGAGGAGGAGAAACAAUUGAUAGCCUACAACUCGAUCGUUCGGAAGGAGUCGUCAGGUAAAAAUACCGUUGCAGGGCCGAAGCUUGCGUUCAAGGGCUUCAAGAAGCGCAUCUUAGCCCAGGCGCGGGAAGUUCACACCGCCGCGUCGCGGAACAGCGCACCGGAAUCGCAACAGCCGACGCAUCCCAAUGCACGCGGCGGCAGGGACAGGCGGGCCGAGAGAAAGCGGGAGCGCAAGAUCGCGGAGUACACCCAGUAUCUGGGUCUGCAGCCGUCCGCGCGGAACAGAUGCGCCAAGUGUCACGCGUGGUCGAACUGCGAUCCGAAUCUGAAGCAGCAGAGCUCAUGCACCUGCAACUCUAGCAUGACGCCCAUGCCCAGCACCUCCGAGUCGAGUGCCACGCUGUCGCAUGCCAGCAAUUACAAGCGGAAGGUUUAUUUGUGCUCGGCGUGUAAAAUGUACUAUGAAAAUUGGAAUAUGUUCCUGCACAUGAGGGAGAUACACAAGCGUCACAUAUGUCUCUUCUGCUUGGGCAUGUUCGGCCACGCGGAGAGGCUGCUGCACCAUCUAGCGAAGAAGCACAAUGUCCCCGAGAUACCGUUCGCCACAGCGGGGGACUUUCACAACACCUUCAAGGGCUCGUGCUACCUGGUCUGCUGCGACUGCGAGAAAGUCUUCUCGGAGACUGACGAUUUCUUCAGCCACUAUUGCUCGCCGACGUUGACGCAGGAGGCGACCGACACUGGCACAUCGGUAUGCACCAUAUGCAGACAAACCGGCACGCACGCGAGUACCUGUAAUUUUGCGUUGUUAUCAGAUACGGACAGGGAAUCGUACGGCGCCGCGACGCCGCUGACGGUUGCCGAUACGACGCGCGCGGACAAUGCAUCGCCGGCUACCGUCCCGCUGCCGGAGAAAACGAAUCUUGGGGGCAAGGGGCUGCCGAGAAAAGGGAUCAAGUACAACAGGAACAGACACGGCGGGAACGGUGUGCAAAACUCCCGCCCGCAAAAGCUGAACUCGUUGGCGAGGAAGCUCGACACGAAGAAUCGGUGCAACGAGACUCAACCCGACUGCGACCACGAUGUUCAAAAAGAAAUAGCCAACAGUUUAGCGAGGGACACGGUCACCGAGACAAUAAUGGAGGUGUCCAGGUACACCGGCGGCGACUCGUCCGACGAAAACGACGAGAAUGACGAGCAGGCGGUGAAUAAAGACGUGUACAGCAGUCGCGACAGAGGACUGGACGAGAAGUCGCCGAUUCAGAAUUGUCAGCUCGAUCGCAGCGAGCCGUACGACAGCGUGACGGAGACCAUCAUGGAGGUGUCGCGAUACACAGGCGAGGAGGAUAGGAUUGAGAGAAGGGAAGACUCGACGUGCACUCCGGACACACUCGCGUCGCAUCACGAAAAAAUGGACACCGAGGAGGAGGAGGAGACGUGCGACAGGAGCAACAUCCAUCCGGCAAACUUGGCCAGCUCGAGGGCGCCUAGUCCAGUGCGGUGGGAAGCCGAGGAGCCGGCAGACGCGAGAUCGAAUCCCACGUGCGAGUCCGGAAUCGAGUCUGGCUGUCGAUCGUGCAGUCCGCGGGACGCGCGAAGCCCCAGUCCGGUCAACCGAUCGCUCUUCAGUCCGCAACACGAGUCGCACGUGUCCAAAGAGGAAGAACAUUUCGAAGAUGACGAAAAAGUCGAGGUCCAAAAGAAGGAGGACAAGCCUAACGCGACCGCUGAAUCUCAAGCCACAUUCAGCGCCGUCGCUUCGUCCGACAGAAGUCUGGUCAUCAAAAUCUGCAACAGAAACUCGCAGUUCAGCGUUGCGACGACCACCACGGCGAGUAGAGAGUCCGAGGAGAGCAACGCCGACGGCUCGAGGGAGAAAAUAUCGAACGGCGCGGACAAGGAGAGGAAUCUCGGCGACGAUCAGGCGAACGAGUUGAACGACAGCGAUUCCGACAGCGACAAACUGGCGGUGGUGGACAGCAACCCGGAAGAAGACGAGGAGGACGGCGAGGAGGGCGACGAAGCGGAGGAAGAAGCGGAGGAGGACGUCGUACACGACGACGCGGGGGACGGGAGUCAAGAAAAUCAGGAGGGAAACGGCGGUAAUUUCGGAACGAGUAUCGACGGAUUCGCGGAAACAGCGCCGAGCGGCGACGUCGGCGAGGGAUUCGCCAACAGCGAAGUCGAAGGACCUCAGGCGGAAGGCGCGGCGAACGAUCAAGCGAGGAGCCAGACAAUCGGCGACGAUGGUAUCGCGUUAGCCGGCGAGGACGUGCCGUUCAUAGAUCUGAACGUCGAAGGCACUCUGGACAGCAUGGAGCUGGAGGAGCUGCUGAAACGCUGCAUCGAGGCCGCCAGUCCCUUCUGCGUGUACUGCAAUCACGCGCGGUACAUCGCCGUCAACGGCAAGCAGCUGGGUCUGCACAUGCUGGCGGAGCACAAGUUCCAGCCGCAGCAUCCCGCGAUAAUCAUACACGCGGAGCAGUUCGUCGCGCGCGUCAAGAGGUCGCUCGAGGAGCUCGAGUCCCGCCACUUCAAUCUCAACACGUACGACAGUACGAACGGCACGUACGACGUGCCGGGCGUAUUGAUAUACGAGUGCUUUCAUUGCAGAUUUCACUCCACGGUGCACAAAGAGCUGUACCUUCACAAUCGCAAGAUGCAUCAGAAGACCAUUUUGAAGUGUAUAAUGUGCAAAUCGUUAUUUUACAGUUACAGCGAGCUGGUCUGCCACUUGUGCCCUGGAGUUUACUCGCCGAAUGUGAAUCUGCGAUACCGAUGCUGCCUCUGCUCGACGACCAGCCUCCCGUCGACGUUCCGACUGAUGGUCCACCUGCGCAAGCGUCACCACGCAUGCGACGUUUGUCUCGAGUCCACCGGCAAUCAGCAGCGUCUCUCGAACCACGUGUGGAAGCACAAGCUCCAUCAUGUGUGCUACAAAUGCGGCAUCGCGUACCGAAACAAGCCGGACAUCACCAAGCACUUGUUCUGGAAGCACGGAACGGAGAGCGUUCUGUGCCGCAAGUGUUUGCAGAAGAAGUGGCCGCACAUAUAUCACUUCUGCAUACCGCCCACGGCGUUCGUCUGCGAGGAGUGCAGCUCGAGCUUCAGUCGCGCGGUGGCGCUCAAAGUGCACAAGAGGCUGCACUCCAACGACUCGCCGUACAGCUGCGACGAGUGCACGGAACGCUUCAUAUCGAGGAAGCUGCUGGCGAAACAUCAGGCCGCGCAUAGGGAACCGGAGCCGGAAGACGUCUACGUGAACGUGACGGACGUGGUGAACGAUCCGUCGUCGGACAAAGACGAGAGAUCGGAGAAGGACGCUUUGACGACGACGACGACGAUCGACAGUGCCGCGGCGACGGGACUCGCGGUGGAAACCGCGUCGAAGAGCGUCAAAGAGGCUGUGAAAAGAGUGGUCGACGUUUACGAUCUGCCGCCGCUCAAUCUGUCGUCCGAGAGCGACACCGACAGCGAGGAGGAGAAGGUGGCCACCGUGGAGAAGCCACCGGAGAAGGAAAAGAUCGACGAGGACGUGGCGGAAAAGAAGAGCGAAAUUGUCGAGGAAACCGUCGCCGCCGCCGCCGUCGUCGCUGCCGACGAUGACGUCACCGCGCUGACCAACGAUAUCGUCGAAGUGGAGCGGAACGAGGAGGAAAAGAAGCAGGAAGCGCGCAUCAUGGACGGCAUAUGGGACAACUUCAAGACUUACGCCGCCAGCCUAGACGUGGAGGAGUCCGCUAAGAACGUCGCGUUGAAAGAGAGCGUGCCUGAGACCGAUGCUGCGUACUUGAGGAGCAUCGUUCUUGCCGAUCACGAUUAUCACGUGGUGUAUCGCGACAAAGAGAAGAGCGAGGAGGUGGCGACUUGCAAGGAUAACGACGGGGCGGAGGAGCAGCGGCACGACGUCAAACCUGAGAGAACCCCGUCGCCCAGCAGUCCGACUCGCAAUGCCGACAACGACGCGAGCAAGCGCAAGACGAAGACGCCGAAGAAGAAGAAGCGGAGCGGCAGCGCGUCGUCCACGAGCGACUCCUCGACCGACAGCGAUACGAGCAGCUGCUCGUGCGGCGACAACUGCAGCUGCAGCAGUUCCUCCUCCGGCAGCUCGUCCAGUUCCAGCAGCAGCUCCGACUCCGACAGCUCCGCGUCCGAGAGCUCGCCGCGGAAGCAGUCGAGCGGCCGGAAAGAUCGGAGCAAGAAGGAGAGGGAAAUCGCGCGGGAGAACAAGUCGCAGUCAGCCGAGCCGGAGAACAAGCCGGAGAUGACGAUAGAAAAUGGUUCGGCAGUUCCUGAGAUAACGAUCGAGUCACCGACACCGCCGCUGAAGCUGUUGCUACGGGAAUCCGACCUGGAGACCGAGGAGACCGAGACGGACGAGGACUUCUACGAUGAGCAUCCGCAGCUGCUUGCCAACAAGACGGAGAAGCGCAAUCAGCUGCAGCUGCUGGCCGCCGUCGCGUCGGCAUCGGCACCGACGUCGUUGCCGGCGAUGGAGCAGCCGUCGACGCCGCUCAACAACGGCGUUUUCGACGCGGAGAUGACGCUGCCGGAGAUGAAUGUAAUGGAUCAACAGCCGCAGCAACCGCAGCAACAGAAGAAGAAAGCGAAAACGAAGAAGCGGCGAAAGGGCGAGAGAUCCAGGCGCAGCAACGCGACCAACGCGACGGUGGAGUCCAUCAAGCUGAACAUUCCCAAGGCGUUCUAUUCGCAAAAGAAUCUGGGAUUUGCCUCGCCGGUGGCGCUGCACAACAGCAGAUCCUCGACGCCGAAUCUAAUGCCGGCUGCGACGUGCAAUGACUUCCAUAGCGUUGGAGGCGCGAGCGUCACGAUGGAGAUGAUGCAGCAGCAGGCGCCACUGGUCGCCGCCGUCGCCACCCCCGUCAUCGGCAUACCGAACACGAACGUCGGUGGCGGCUCGGAGACCGAAAACAAGAGGGUCUCGAAGCGAAAGCGCGUGCCGAAGCGUUUCUACGGCGACUCGAGCGAUGACGAGCCGCAGGAGAAACAGCCGGCGUUCAGCCGAUGGCGAAAAGUAGAGAUUGCUCCGAGCAAUCCGGUUUUUACGCCACCGCCACCGACGGCGAUCACAUCACCGUUAUCGAUUCCAAAGCCGACGGUGGCACCGACAAAACUGACCUUCGGCGUCAAGACCGUUACAGCGGGCGUGUACAACAGGCAGCACGCUCAGGCGGAGCAAACAGCCGGCCAGCAACAGGCCACUCCGCCCGAGGUGGCGCCGAUCGCCGCCGCGCCGGCAUCCGCCACCGAGUCCGAGGAUCCCGCCGGAAGUAGCAGCGACAGCAGCGAGUCCGAGAUGGAGGACACCGGCGGCCAGCCGGGACCACCCGGCCACAACGCCGCGCCGAUAACACCGGCCGUCAACGCGCCGGCCGCGGAGCGACCCGUCAAGAUCUACUGCUACUGCCAGUGUCCGUACGACGAGGUGUCGGAGAUGAUAGCGUGCGACGGCGAGGACUGCCGCAUCGAGUGGUUCCACUUCGAGUGCGUCGGCAUAAUGGUGCCGCCUAAGGGCAAGUGGUAUUGCCCGGACUGCCGCAAGAAGCACGGCAUCGUGCAGAACAGCGACGAUUACUGCGAUUGAUAGUUUGCUGCCGCGCGCGAGAAACGGCGACGGCGUGCUGUUACCACAAUUCAACCAGAUCGUUGCUUUUUAGGCGUAACGCUAGAAUUGUUUUUCUUCGUUCUUUUUCACGAGCGAGCUAAGAGAGUGAGGGAGAGGAAGAGGGAGAGAAAGAGAGAGA